AUGCCGUUGCAAGUUUCCCACAUUCAAGCAUCCAUCAUUUGUGCCAAAAAAAAGGGCUUCCAGAUACGAACACGAAGUGGUGGCCAUGACUACGAGGGUUUUUCCUAUGGCUCUGACGUUCCUUUUGUUGUCAUUGAUUUAAGUAACAUUCGAUCGAUUGAUGUUGAUGUGGAACAAAAUGUUGCAUGGGUGCAAUCCAGAGCCACCAUCGGCGAACUCUAUAGGAUUGGAGAGAAAAGUAAAAUCCUAGGAUUCCCAGUUAGGCUUUGCUCAACAGUCGGUGUUGGUGGGCACUUCAGUGGUGGUGGCUAUGGUUUGAUGCUUCGAAAAUUUCGCCUCAUUGCCGAUAAUGUGAUUGACACUAACUUCAUUGAUGUCAAUGGUAAGCUCCACAAUCGAAAAUCGAUGGGAGAGGAUUUGUUUUCGGCUAUUAGAGGCGGAGGAGCAAACUUUGGAAUUAUCCUUGCAUGGAAAAUAAAACUCGUCCCAAUUCCACCAGUGGUGACUAUUUUCUCAAUCACUAGAAACUUGAAACAAAAUGCCACCAAUCUAGUCUACCAGUGGCAAUAUGUGGCCAACAAACAAGAUGACAGACUCAUCAUUAGGGUUGAGGUGUCGUGA